CCCCUAGCCGUUUCCUGUAAUCGGACUGUGUUGUGAGACGGAGAAAGCCAUGUGUGUCGAUGCAAAGCUAUUUUCUUUGACAUUUUGAAAAACUGGAAGAUUACAAUUUAGCUUUCAUCUCGGAGCGUCUCUAACAUUGUGCCCAUCUCCCCCGUGUGGAGGGGGCAAGAUGGCAGACCCUAUAAUGGACCUCUUUGAGGACACACCCCUGUUUAACCUGGAUGCCCUCCCGGAUGACUCCUUUUCUCAGGGUUCAUCAGACCCAGUGGAAGAGGCUCUUAAGCUGGCGUUGGGUCAGGUGGACGCGCCAGUGGAGCCAGAGCCCGCACCAGAGCUUCCAGUGGACGCUGGCAUUUGUGUUCCUGCAGCAGCCGCCACCAUACCUGAACAGGUCUCCAUUCCAACUCCUACACAGCAGACAGCGGCGGCCGCUCAGACUGUUUCUUUAGCUGCCGUUCCCACGCUAGCCCAGGCUCCUGCUGCUGUUGGUACUGUACCUCAAGUUCAAGCCCAUGCCACAGUACCCAUUGCAAGCAAUACCAAUGUGGUCACCAGUAGCACUGUCCUGCUUAACUCACCGCUAACUGUUUCUAGCCUUCCAGCCACCACCACCACUGCCGCCCAGCAGCUCGCACAGAUCGCUCAGCAGCUUACUCCCCAGCAACUAUCUGCCAUCACGCAGCAGGCGGGAGGGAAAAUUGUCAUUCUUAAAGGUCCCCAGGGACAAGCCCAGGUCCUGCAGACUGUAUCAGGCGCCGCAGGCCAGGCGGGUGGCAAGGUCAUCCGUUUGGUGUCCGGCUCACCGCUUAAACCAGGCAUGCCCAUAUUACAAGGAGGAGCGAUCUUGAACCAAGCGACCACAGCACAAACUCAAGUAAAGGUCAGCGCUGCGGGAGUGCAGAGGCUGCUGCAGUCGCCAAACGGGCCAGUGAAACAGCUGCUGCUCACCUCCAUGCCCCAGCAAGGCCAGCAGGUUCAAGUGCAGAUACCAGCUCAAACACAGAUGGCCCAAGUCCAAGCUCAAGUGCAAGUUCAGCCUCAGCCCCAGAGCCAGCCUGCUCAGAUCCAAAUCCAAGCUCAAAACCAGGUGCAACUCCAACCAGCCAUGCAGGCCCAAACCCCAGGUAGUGAAGCAAAACGAAUCACUCUGGUUCUCCAGCAGCCCUCGCAGGCUGCUACUGCUACGUCAAUGGGUCAAACUGUCGUAGCCCAACCACAGGUCACGCAGGUUCAAACAGGCCAAGGAGGUCAACAGCAGGUCCAAGCUCCGACAAGACUGGUCCUGGGACAGCUCCCUGGGGGUAAGCUGGUCCUCCAGGGAAGCCAGCUCGCAGCCUUGACCCAGGGCCGGGCUACGGGGCAGGCAGGUGGGCAGCCCAAAGUUCUUACCAUCCAGCUGCAGGUGCAACAGCAGCCAAACCAGCAAGGAGGAGUUAAGUACCAGUUGGUGUCGGGAGCUGGCAGUACUGGCAGCCCGCAGGUACUGCAGAUUUCCCAAAGCCAAGGGGGACAGAGAGUUGCAGUGCCUCUCAAAAUGCUUCUGCAGCCACAGACGAGCUCAGCAUCUACAGCCGGCGGGGCUGUCUCAGUGUUGAAGGUUGUCAACGCUUCAACAGCAGGCCCUUCCAGUACAACCACCACGGCGUCACAGGCUAUCCGCAUCACCAAGGUCCCUGGCGAUUGUUCCUCCGUGCGACGGGUGGAGAUCCUGUGCAAGCAAGAGAAGGCGAAUCGAAUUGUGGCUGAAGCUAUAGCCAGGGCGAAAGCACGCGGGGAGAAGAACUUACCCCGUGUCCUCAACCAGGACGAGCUUCCGUCCACACAGACCUCGCCAGAAAUUGGAGGCACUGUGACCGUAGUCUCAUCGGCAAAGAAAAAGACCAGCGGGGGAGGGAGCAAGAAGAAAAGUCCUUUAGUUGCAGGAACGCCAUCUAAAAGUGCAGGUGGAGUUGACAAAAAAGGCAAAGCCAAACUAGCAGGAGGGACAGUUGGUGAUGCUGGAGGCACCACCAUACCUGCUGCUGGCAUUAAGAGCAAAAGUAAAACCAAGACAAAUACUAUUACUCUUGUGGGGGCGAAGAAAAGAAAAAGGAAUCCGUCCUCUGAUCAUUCAGAUGGGGAGUUGAGUCCUGCCUCACCUGCUGCGCUGGAAGAAGACUUGAUCAUGAAGAGGCGCUCUAAUCGCGUGGUGAACAGGAAGAAGUACACAGAAGACCUGGACAUUAAGAUAACAGACGACGAGGACGAGCAGGAGGAUGUUGAUGUUACGACGACCACGGCGGCUGUGGCCUCCAUCAGCGCAGCACCUGCAGCGGCACACAUCCACCAGGAAAUUGAGUUACAUGGUGACGGACUGCCUGGCAUGCAGUUCUUUGUGGAAAACCCAAGUGAGGAAGAUGCUGCCAUUGUAGAUAAAGUCCUUUCCAUGCGUGUAACAAAGAAAGAAGUAUCCCCAGGCCAGUACUCCAAUGUGGAGGAAUUCUUUGUAAAAUACAAGAACUAUUCAUACUUACACUGUGAAUGGGCCAGCAUGGGGCAGCUAGAGAAAGACAAGAGGAUUCAUCAAAAGAUCAAAAGAUUCAAGACCAAACAUGCGCAGAUGAGGCAUUUUUUCCAUGAGGAGGAGCUCUUUAAUCCAGACUACGUGGAAGUGGACAGGAUUCUGGAUGUGUCGCACAGUAUAGACAAAGACAAUGGCGAGGCUGUGAUAUAUUACUUGAUUAAGUGGUGCUCUCUGCCUUAUGAAGAUGCAACCUGGGAGUUGAAUGAGGACGUAGACGAGGGCAAGGUCGAAGAGUUCAACAAAAUCCAAAACCGGCAACCUCGCCUCAAGAGAACUAUGCGGCCACAGGCUGGCUCAUGGAAGAAGUUGGAGGAGACGAGAGAGUACAAGAACGGCAACGCUCUUAGAGAGUAUCAACUAGAGGGUGUCAACUGGCUGCUCUUUAACUGGUACAACAGGCAAAACUGUAUCCUGGCAGAUGAAAUGGGUCUCGGGAAGACAAUCCAGUCAAUCACUCUGCUGUCUGAGAUUUAUGCUACUGGGAUACAGGGCCCUUUCCUGGUGAUUGCUCCCCUCUCCACCAUCACCAACUGGGAGAGGGAGUUCUCCACAUGGACCAAUAUGAAUGCCAUCGUCUACCACGGCAGCCUGGCAAGCAGGCAGAUGAUCCAACAGUAUGAGAUGUACUGCAAAGAUGACAAGGAACAUUUAAUUCCAGGUGCGUACAAAUUUGAUGCCCUGAUCACAACUUUUGAGAUGGUGUUGUCUGACUGCCCUGAGCUGAGAGAGAUAUCCUGGCGUUGUGUGAUUAUUGAUGAGGCGCAUCGCCUAAAGAAUCGUAACUGCAAGCUGUUGGACAGUUUGAAAAUGUUGGACCUGGAACACAAGGUGUUGUUGACUGGCACGCCUCUGCAGAAUACUGUGGAGGAACUCUUCAGUUUGCUUCAUUUCCUGGAGCCUGCCCAGUUCCCCUCUGAAAUUGAAUUCCUGAGGGAAUUUGGAGACCUCAAAACUGAGGAACAGGUUCAGAAGCUGCAAGCUAUAUUGAAGCCGAUGAUGUUGCGAAGGCUCAAAGAAGAUGUUGAGAAGAAUUUGGCACCCAAACAGGAGACAAUCAUUGAGGUUGAGUUGACGGAUGUUCAGAAGAAGUACUACCGGGCUAUCCUGGAGAGGAACUUCAGUUUUCUCAGUUUAGGAGCAAACAGUAACAGCAAUGUCCCCAACCUGCUCAACACGAUGAUGGAGCUGCGCAAGUGCUGCAACCACCCUUACCUCAUCAAUGGUGCGGAGGAGAAGAUUGUCGCAGAGUUACGGCAGGUGUAUGACCCUCUGGCCCCAGACUUCCAUUUGCAGGCGCUAAUUCGGUCAGCUGGAAAGCUCGUCUUGCUAGACAAGCUGCUGCCACGUCUCAAGGCUGGUGGUCACAAAGUCCUCAUAUUCUCCCAAAUGGUGCGCUGCUUAGACAUUCUGGAGGACUACCUCAUCAACAAGAGAUACCUUUAUGAGCGGAUUGAUGGCCGAGUGCGUGGCAAUUUACGACAGGCUGCCAUCGAUCGCUUUAGCAAGCCUGACUCGGACCGCUUCGUCUUUCUGCUGUGCACUCGAGCUGGCGGCUUGGGUAUUAACCUCACUGCUGCAGACACCUGCGUCAUAUUCGACUCAGACUGGAACCCUCAGAAUGACCUGCAGGCACAAGCUCGAUGUCAUCGUAUUGGGCAGUCAAAGGCAGUCAAGGUCUACCGUCUGAUCACAAGGAAUUCGUAUGAGAGGGAGAUGCUGGAUAAAGCAAGUUUGAAGCUGGGUCUCGACCGUGCCGUCCUGCAAAGCAUGAGUGGCAGCAAAGAGAGUAAUGUUAACGGGCAGAUCCAGCAGUUUUCUAAGAAGGAGAUUGAGGACUUGCUGAGGAAAGGAGCUUACGCCGCCAUCAUGGACGAGAACGACGAGGGUAGUCGCUUCUGUGAGGAAGACAUUGACCAGAUCCUCCAGCGAAGAGCCACCACCAUCACCAUAGAAAGCGAGGGCAAGGGCUCCACCUUCUCAAAGGCCAGCUUUGUGGCCUCUGAGAACCGUAAUGACAUCGCCCUCGAUGACCCGGAAUUCUGGGAAAAGUGGGCCAAGAAAGCUGACAUAGACAUGGACACGAUCAACAGAAAGAACACACUCGUUAUUGACACUCCCAGAGUGCGCAAGCAGACCCGCCAGUAUUCCACUUUGCGAGGAGAAGGUGCAGAACUAUCUGAUGUGGACAGUGACGAAGAGUACCCACCUGCGAAUUCCAGGCACUCUCGUUCUUCCCGACGUGCCGACCGUCACAGUGGAGUGGGUUACGGUCGCACUGACUGUUUCCGUGUGGAAAAACAUCUGCUUGUCUAUGGUUGGGGCCGCUGGAGGGACAUCCUCUCUCAUGCCAGAUGUAAGCGGCGCCUGAGUGAGCGCGAUGUGGAGACAAUCUGCCGUGUCAUCCUGGUAUUUUGUCUCCUCCACUAUCGCGGUGAUGAGAACAUUAAGAGUUUUAUCUGGGAACUCAUCACGCCACCGGAGAAUGGACGUGAACCCCAAACACUGCUCAACCACUCUGGCCUUUCCAUCCCUGUCCCCAGAGGCAGAAAAGGUAAGAGGGUAAAAACUCAGAGCACAUUUGAUGUGCAGAAGGUGGAGUGGAUCCGCAAGUACAAUCCAGACACACUGCUGCUUGAUGACAGUUACCGCAAACACCUUAAACAUCAGUGCAACAAGGUGUUGCUGAGGGUGCGUAUGCUCUACUAUCUGAAGCAGGAAGUGAUUGGCGAACAUGCUGAGUCUGUCCUGAAAGGGGCUGACAUCAGAGAUGUUGAUAUCUGGAUGCCAGAGAUGGAGCAGCAAGAGGUGCCUGCAGGAUGGUGGGAUGGUGAGGCAGACCGCUCUCUGCUGGCUGGUGUGUUUAAACAUGGUUAUGAGAUGUACACAACCAUGCGUGCCGAUCCUCGUCUCUGUUUCCUGGAGCGGGUGGGCCGCCCAGAUGACAAGGCUAUCGAUGCCGAGCAACACACUGCUGAUGGCGAGCUGGGAGAUGAAGGUGAUUAUGAUAAAUACUCAGAGGACCCAGAGUUCAAGCCCGCAUCAAGACUCCCCAAAGAUUCUUACGAUGAGCCUGACGGUAUGAAGCUGGAGGAUAUGUCUGUCGAAGACAAGGUCGUUCCGGGGAUAACAGAUAGCGUUUCUAACCAGAACCAGAGCGGAUGCGAUUGGCCCUCCAGUUCAUCACUUACAGCGCGCUUGCGGCGGUUGGUCACGGCUUACCAGCGCAGCUACAGGCAGGAACAGCUGAAAAUUGAAGCAGAGGCAAAGGGCGACCGUAGACGCAGAAGGUGUGAGCAAGCUAGCAAGCUGAAGGAGAUAGCACGGCAAGAGCGACAACAAAGGUGGACACGACGGGAGGAAUGUGACUUCUACCGUGUUGUCUCAACUUUUGGUGUGGAAAGAAUGAAAAAGGAGGCGGGCCUUGUUGAGGGCGAAGAACCAGAUUAUGAGUGGAGGCGAUUCCGCACAUUUGCACGCCUGGAUAAAAAAACUGAUGAAAGCCUUAGUCGAUACUUCCGCUCUUUUGUAGCCAUGUGCCGGAGAGUAUGCCACCUGCGUCCGGGCCGGGAUGAGGAUCUGCCACCACUUCCCCAGACUGUGGCCCCCAUCACAGAGGAGCGAGCUUCCCGCACUCUUUAUCGCAUUAGCCUCCUCCGUCGUCUCCGUGAGCGAGUUCUUCCGCAUCCUUCCCUAGAAGAGCGUCUGCUGCUGGCCCCGCGCACCUCUGAGCUGCCCACCUGGUGGAGCAUCCCAGACCACGACCGCCAGUUGAUGCUCGGCGCCGCCGUGCACGGUGUCAGCCGCACUGAGCUCUCCGUCUUCUCAGACCCGCAGUUUACCUUCACUGCGGCUCGAGAUGAAUUCAUUCAGAACCAGCAAGCCCUGCCUACACCCCAGUCACAACCCAUCAUGCACCUCAACCAGCCAAAGUCCAUCGCAGAGGUCUCUGGUGUGAAGGAGGAUGGACAAGAAGUGGACAUUAGUUUGCUGGGUGGUGAAAUUAGUGCCCACCUGCAAAGUACACCUUUGAGUCAACAUGAUGGCAAGGCACAAGGGCAGAGCUGGAGCUUCAAGAUGAACAAAAACAAGGGAGGACACAAAGGCGGUCAAGAGGGUGGUUCUGAUUCAGAUUCAGAUUCAGGUUCGUCGUCAUCCGAUCAAUCAGGUAGCAGCGAUGAGAGCGGUGAUAGUGAAGAAGAAGUGGAUGGAGCAGGUGUGAAGGCGUGUGAUGUCGAUGAAGAGAAUGGUUUACUCUCGAUAGGCUUGUCUCAGGAUGGCAUUCCUCCCACGAAUCCUGUCAGAGUAGAAUGGCCAAAGGACCGCGUGUUGAUCAACCGCUUGGACAGUUUGUGUACACUGGUGCUUACUGGUCAUUGGCCAUCGGGGCGGCGCUACGUAUCUGAGGCUCAUGUCAACCAAAGCGCAGAGCUGCAGAGAGACGAGAUGACCUAUGUUCGGGCGGGCCGCAAACCCCUCACUAUACCCGGAGGAGAAGGAGAGGAUGGAGAAUUCACUGUCAAACUCCUCAAGGAGGAGGGGCUGAAGCUGACCUUCUCCAAGCAGGCACUGAUGCCCAACGGGUCAGGUGGCGAGAGCAGCCGUAAGCGGCGGAAAGAACUCGAGUUAUCAGACCCAGAUGGCAUCCUUGAUCCACUGGAGCGUAUUCCUCGCCGCCGGGACCCUCCCACCUGGCUGAAAGAGAAUCCAGAUUAUGAAGUGGAGGGAGACAUGCUAGCGCUUCUUGUGAACAGGAGUAAGAGGAAGAGGAGAAGGAGGGCAGAUAAAGCCCUGACAGGCAAUGAGAAGGUCAAGCUUAUUAACAUGAGGACAGGAAAGAAGAUUGGAGCUGCAUUCUGUCCGAUGCUGCAAGACCUAAGAGAAUAUCUGGAGGAAAAUGCAGAUUUCGUUGUGGCGCCUGAUUGGUCGGAAACAGUUCGGAACUCUGGCUUUUUGCCUGAGACACUCUUCCAUCGACUGCUGACUGAAUACUCGGAGAUCCCCAAGAAAAGUCGACACCGCCACCACCACCAUCACCACCACCACCACCAUCACCAACACCACCACAUGCCAGAGCCAAUGCCAGAAAAUCCCUACUUGGAAGGCGUGGAAGAAGAGACUCUGGUCUCGGACGGAGCUUACAUGAUGGACGAGGAGGACCUGGAGACCUCCCAACACUUCCUCACCAGUCCGGACUUUGAUGUUAAAAUUGAGGCGGGCGACAGCCUUUCCCAAGGAGACUAUGACAGCUCAGAUCAAGAGGCCCUAUUAGAUGACGUCAUCCUCACACAGAAGGACUCUGAUUCGUCAUCUAGCUCAGAGGACUAACUCACUCCCCGCAAUUUAUUUGACUCAGUCCCUGUCUGAAAGUGCAUCAUUAUCCCUCAUUUAUUUUUACCUUAUGUAUGAAGUUAUUGUUGGAAAUUUGUUGCUUAUUUUAUGAAUUACAAAUUUCUAUCCCCCGCCCCUCCCCUCUCCCAUGAAAGACGAGCAGGUUUGCAACCCAUGCUUUCAUUUUCAUCAGGGACAAAUUUCAAUCUGUCUCUCCUCAGUCUUCUACUGUAGCCACUGCAAAUGGCAAACAAUCAUUCUUACUUUGCGGCCCGCCGUUCUCCUCCGCUCACUCCCAAAUCAAGAAGUUCCCAUCACAUUCCCAGCUGUGACCAAAAGGGGGCCUCCUGCUGUAGAUACCCUUUUCUUAUCGAGGACCCUCCAUUGGGGUUUUCAACAACAACAACAACAACAACAAUGCGUAUACUGAGUAAAGUGGUGUCCCACUUUCCCAGCCUUGUGGCGUCACGGAACCUUAGUCCAUCGAGCUCUGUAAAUGACGUACAAGGGAUUCCAAUGUGUGGGUGUACUGUUUAUGUUUUAACUGUGUGAAGGAGAAGGGACUGUGGCGCAUCAGUUACUGAGGCAGUGAAUAAAGGAGGCUCGUAUUGUAUCAUGUAGAUCAGGUAAGUUGUGUCCUAUGGUGCAAAGGUGACAAUGAGUUGCUAUUCUUGUUUUAUGAUCUCUCUGUGACAUGAAUAACAGCAAACUACAGUGAAA